CCAAUAGAGCAGCCUUACCUGUUGAUCGCUUCUGUGGGUUAAAGAUGGUUCCGGUCUGACCCGGGUUAAAUGAUCUGACCUGGUCUGAAAUGUUCUGUUCUGUUUUAAAAUGUUCUGUUCUGGUCUAAAUGUUCUGUUCUGGUCUAAAUGUUCUGAUCUGGUCUAAAUGUUCUGUUCUGGUCUAAAUGUUCUGAUCUGGUCUAAAUGUUCUGUUCUGGUCUAAAUGUUCUGAUCUGGUCUAAAUGUUCUAAUCAGUUCUAAAUGUUCUAACCCGGGUUAAAUGUUUUGAUCAGGUCUAAAUGUUCUGUUCUGUUCUGGUCUAAAUGUUCCGAUCUGGUCUAAAUGUUCUAAUCAGUUCUAAAUGUUCUAACCCGGGUUAAAUGUUUUGAUCAGGUCUAAAUGUUCUGUUCUGGUCUAAAUGUUCUGAUCUGGUCUAAAUGUUCCGAUCUGGUCUAAAUGUUCUGUUCUGGUCUAAAUGUUCUAACCCGGGUUAAAUGUUUUGAUCAGGUCUAAAUGUUCUGUUCUGAUCUGGUUUAAAUGUUCUGAUCAGGUCUAAAUGUUCUGAUCAGGUCUAAAUGUUCCGAUCUGGUCUAAAUGUUCUGUUCUGGUCUAAAUGUUCUAAUCAGUUCUAAAUGUUCUAACCCGGGUUAAAUGUUCUGAUCUGGUUUAAAUGUUCUGAUCAGGUUUAAAUGUUUUGAUCAGGUCUAAAUGUUCUGAUCUGGUUUAAAUGUUCUGAUCAGGUCUAAAUGUUCUGAUCUGGUCUAAAUGUUCUGAUGAGGUCUAAAUGUUCUGUUCUGGUCUAAAUGUUCUGAUCUGGUCUAAAUGUUCUGUCAGAUCUGAUCCUGUGACUUGGUAACUUCCUAAAACUUUGAGGAACUCAAACAUGUUGAAUCAAUUUCAGCAGCCAGAAGCUGAAAACAGUUUAAAUGUGAAAGAAAACACUAGAUGACCUCAGUGAUAGUGAGAUAACUAAUUAACUACCUAUCUGACUGACUAGCUAACUACCUAACUGACUAUCUGACUAACUGAUAACUACGUAUUCAACUCACUAACUGAUUGACUAACUAGCUAACUACCUGACUAGCUAACUAACUGGCCUUCUAACCACCUAGCUAAAUAAUUAUCUGACUAACUAGCUAAGUAACUAUCUGACUAGUUCGCUAACUAGCUUACUAACCACCUAGCUAACAAAUUAACUAACUAUCAGACUAACUAGCUAACUAACUAUCUGACUAGCUAGCUAACUAGCUACUAACUACCUAGCUAAAUAACUAACUAUCUGACUAAGUAGCUAACUAAUGAGUUAAUUAACUAACUAACUGACUGACUAACAAGCUAACUAACCAACUACCUAACUAAUAAAUUAACUGACUAGCUAACUAACUAACAGACUAACUAGCUAGCUAACUAACUACCUGACUAGCUAUCUAACUAGCUAUCUGGUUUAGAGACUCUGAAUUUUCAGUCUUGGACUCUGCAGAAUCCAGUUUCUACUGGUUUUAUGAACCAGUUUAACCUGCAGACCCAGAAGUCAGAACAUGAAACCAGAACCUUUCUGCUUCUGUUUUAAAGUUCUUCUGUUCUUGUCUGGUUCUGGAGGUUCUAACCGGUGAUCUGGUUCAGGUGAAGGAGGUUCUGAUGUUUACAGGGAUCAGACUACUUCCUGUUAAAUCCAAAUACCAAACCAAUGACCCGUUCUUCUGUUCAUCCACAGAUGCCAGUGUUCCCAAUGCUCCUAGUGUUCCCAGUGUUCUCCCAUUGUUCCCCCAGUGUUCCCAGUGUACUCUAGUGUUCUCCCAGUGCACCCUAGUGUUCUCCCAGUGUUCCCCCAGUGCUCCCAGUGCUCCCAAUCCCCCCACCAUGAGCGUCCAGCCCCGGCGGAUCCGUCUGAAGCCCUGGCUCGUGGCCCAGGUGAACAGCGGCAGGUAUCCUGGUCUCCAGUGGCUCAGACCGGACCACCGACUCUUCCAGAUUCCCUGGAAACACGCGACCCGUCACACGCCGGUGUCUGACGAGGAAAACACCAUCUUCAAGGCGUGGGCUCUGGAAACGGGUAAAUAUCAGGAAGGCGUGGACGAACCCGACCCGGCGAAGUGGAAAGCAAACCUUCGCUGUGCUCUGAACAAAAGCAGAGAGUUCCAGCUGAAAUACGACGGAACCAAAGAGACGCCGGUCCAACCGUACAAGAUCUACGAGGUGUGCGAGCAGCCGGGGAACGCAGACGGUGUUGACGAUGAUGACGAGGAGAUGCCCAGUCUCAACGACCUCACCAUCAACCCCAGAAUCAGUGACCCCUCCUCUUUCGCCUCCUUCACGGAUCGGUUCGGUUUAUCCACCAAUGGGACGUUCGGACGGCCACAUGUCAUCCCGGUGCCGCUGCUCCAGGACAGAGUUCUGCCCAUGGCCUCAGACGUUCCCAUGGCCUCAGACGUUCCCAUGACCUCAGACGUUCCCAUGACCUCUGACCUCCAGCCUCAGGGUCAGAUGGUGGAUCAGGGCAGCUUUGCUCAUCCUGGAGGUCUCCGUGACGGACUCCCUGACCUGAACUCUCUGCCCGGUGUCGGGGCCUCUGCUCACCCGGGGCUUGACCCGCUGGAGGCCAGGAACAUGGGGGCCAUCCAGAACCAGGGGGACCCUCAGAACCACCAACCCUGCAAGUACGACCUGCUGAGCAGCGUCCCACUAACAGAUCUGGACCUGAAGUUCCAGUACCGAGGCCGAGCUAUGGGUUCUCUGACGGUCAGUAACCCUCAGGGCUGCCGGCUGUACUACGGACACCUGGAACCAACCCCGGACCAGGUGGAUCUGUUCGGACCCGUCACCCUGCAGCAGGUGCUGUUCCCGGGAACGUCUGAGAUUCAGAACCAGAAGCAGCGGUUCUACACGGAGGCUCUUCUGGACGUGAUGGACCGCGGUCUGAUCCUGGAGAUCUGGGAGCAGGACAUCUACGCCAUCCGGCUCUGCCAGUGUAAGGUGUUCUGGUCCGGACCGGGUAUGCCAGAGCAGGGACCUCCCAACCCCAUGGAGAGGGAGAAGAAGAUCAAAGUGUUCAGCCUCAACAACUUCCUGCAAGGUUGCUGUUGUCCAGGUUGGUUUGGUUUGCUCACCUCAGCCUCCAGGUGUGAUCUAACAGACGUUCUUCUGUCCACAGAACUCAUCCUGUACCAGAAAGGCGAAGCUCCAAACCCUCCGCCCUUUGAGAUCUACUUCUGUUUCGGGGAGGACUGGCCUGACAAGAAACCCAAAGAGAAGAAACUCAUCAUCGUCCAGGUGGUUCCUGUGGUGGCUCGGAUCCUGACGGAGAUGUUCUCUGGAGAACUGAGCUGGUCCACGGACAGCAUCCGGCUGCAGAUCUCCAACCCGGAUGUGAAGGACCAGACGGUGGAGCAGUUCAAGGAGCUGCAGAGGCUCCUGCAGAGUCAACAGAUCCAGGGGCCCUGGACCCCCGCCAGGCCCUGAACACAUCCAGGACCUCCUCCGGACAGCAGGACUGGUCCUUUGAUGAACUCUUGUUGUUCUGAUCGUUUCCUGUCAGGGUUUUUAUAGAUUAUUGAUCAUCUGUCAGAACUUUGGAGGACAGUCUGUAGAUUCUCAGUCGUCCUCCUCAAGUGAAACGUCAUCAAGGACCAGGACCAGGACGAGGAGUGGAGUUGGUUUUGGGUGAAGCUCUCAGGAUCAGUGAGGACAGACUCUUGACCAGCUGAGUGUAAAUCAUUUCAUUAGACAAACCUUUAAGCCCAGAGUGUUCAGGAUUUCAAUAAACGCUGCAGUAUUCUUUCUAGAA